AUGUUGUCAAUCUGCAAGUGGGCAUUCGGUAAACAUGAAGGUGAUGUUUCUCAGGAAUUGCUCACUCGAGCAUUAAAGCUCUACUUCAUUGCCCAGAUAUUGUAUAAGAUCAAUAUCGGCCUCACGAAGAUCAGCAUCUUACUGUUAUACCUCCGCCUCUUCAUACAACGCUGGUUCUUUAUCACCUGUUGGGCAUGGAUCGUGAUCAUCACUGCAUUUACUCUCGGCACGGUGAUAUCUAGUAUCUUCCAGUGUUCUCCCGUCCAAUAUGCCUUUGAUAAAUCUCUCCCCGGCUCUGGCUCCUGCAUUAACUUAACCGCAUUCUGGUACGCCAACGCCGGGUUCAAUAUUUUCAGUGACCUAGUUCUCGUGGCUCUCCCAGUGCCAGUCAUCAGUCGACUGCAAUUACCACCGAGACUGAAGCUCAUCCUCUGCGGCAUUUCGCCUUUGCGUCUGCAUUACAUCUAUCCUCCGCAUCACAACUCUCGACAUCGCCACCUCCUACCUCGGCAUCACUGGAAUAGCAUCAACUCGUCCAAAUGGACCGUCAUUGGAUCCAAUCUCGGCAUCAUCUGCGCCUGUCUCCCCGCUCUUCGUCGCCCUCUUGCCUUCCUCUUCCCCCAUCUCUUUGGAAAAUUCUCCCGUAAUGCUAAUUACGCCGCCGCCGACAGGCAGGCGACUCACUCCCGCGCGGGUCGACCGAAUAAUUCCUCUGACCCUAGUCGGAGAAAGUUCAACAACAGGGCUGCGUUCAAUAAAUCCGUCUCGCGCUACGUCAUCCAUACCGAGAAGCAGGGGAGCACCAGUCAGGAACAGAUCCUCCCGGAUGCUGGAGAGUAUACAAAGGAGGGCAUUGAACGACGCGAGGAAUCGUUCCAGACCCAGACCGUAUCCACCGUGGGGGGAGGUUCCGUACCUGAAACGCAAGCGGUUUAG